CAGAGGGCUGUGGGGUAGCGAUGUCGUGGCGUUUGGGGUGACUGAGGAGGGCCCGGAAGCCGGAGUUUGGCCGCUGACGCGCAGAGCCGCUUCCUCAGCGGGUGGGGGGGAGCCGGUCCCCUGCCCAUCCCGCCGCAGGGAUGAGGCGCGCUGGGCUGGGUGAAGGAGUAGCUACUGGUAACUAUGGCUAUACCAAUAGUGGGUAUAGUGUACACGAAGAAGAAAAUGAAAGGUUAACUGAAAGUCUGCGUACAAAAGUCUCUGCCAUAAAAUCACUUUCCAUUGAAAUUGGAACAGAAGUUAAAAAUCAAAAUAAAAUGUUAUCCGACAUGGACUCUGACUUUGAUUCUACAGGUGGAUUUCUAGAUGCGACUAUAGGCAGACUGAAAACACUCUCCAGAGGGAGCCAGACAAAACUAUUGUGCUACAUGAUGCUCUUUGCACUCUUUGUCUUUUUUGUAAUUUACUGGAUUAUUAAACUGAGAUGAUGCAAAUUAUAUCCAGUUUUUUGUGCCACUUCAACAGAAUUACAAAAUGGUCUUAAUUUGUGAGGACAGACCUUAAAUUUACAUACUCUGUUGAUAAAUAUGGUUAAAUGGUUAUUGUAAAUUAUAUUAGAUAUCAGUGCAUUUGUUAUGUAUAUUUUGUCUUGAUGUUUACCAUUCCAGAAGCUUUCUUAUCAUAUCCCCUGUUUUCUGGGGUUAACAAAUGUUAUCUACUACCUUGUGCAUAUUUACACCUUGGCUCAAGUUACUUUUGGGGAAAUAUCUUUGGAAAUGCAAAACAAACGAACAAACAUUAAAAACAUGCCCUGCCAGGACAAAAUUUGAACCUUUAACUUUGAAUUUCCUUUAAUGGGUUUCACUUUUUUAAUAAAGUAGUAAAAAAAAAAAUUAUAAACAAAAUUAGGGCCUGAUCCUGAGCAAGGACCUCAGGAUCAGGCUUGUAGCAAUUUGCAGAUUAUAGAAGUAUGAAAAAGGCUUGUGCUUUUUCAAAACAGAGUUAUUGUAACAUAGAUUAAACCACCUGAAACUACAAGUACAGUACCGUCAUACUUGUAAUGCUUUGGGUCGGGGUUGGCAAGUUUCUAUAAGUAUCAUGGCUUAGAAUUUAAAAAUGAAAUUAAAAAAAAAAACCACCUUUCAGUUUAAGGAGGAAUUAACUGACCUAAACUGGAAGAACGUUGGUUAAUUUUAAUUUGAGACCAAGUAAUGCUAAGGGCUGGUCUACGCUGGGAAUUUACAGCAAGAUAGCUAUGUUUCUCAGAGGUGUGGAAAAAUCUUCAUCCCUGAGACACACAGCUAUGCAAACCUAACCUCUGCUUUAGACAGCAUUAGGUGGAUGGAAGCAUUCUUCUGUUGACCUAGCUUCCACCUCUUGGGGAGGUAGAUUACCUAUGCUGACAGGAGAACCCCAUAGCGGUGCAUAGGUAAUGUCCACACUGAAGUGCUAUAGUGGUGCAGAUCAAGGAACAUUGCACAUGUAGACAAGCCCUAAGAUGUAUUCAGUAUAAUCAAAUGCCUUUUGAUAGUUUGGGGAACCAGCAUGGACAAGAUGCAAAUAUUUGCAUAGCAUCUUUCCAUUACAUUUUAUAUUUAAGUACUUAAAACUUACUGAUUCUAUUGAAUCACUGGGGUUUUUACCCUUCGUACGUUUCUGUCAGUUAAUGACCUCUUAAAGCUACUUAGCAUUAUUUUGAAAUGUGAAACCAGAUUUAUAAGCUCUUAUACUGGAGAGUAUUAUGAUGCAAUAUAGCACUAAUUACCUCUUUUGUUAGAGGUACUUUUAUUUAUUAAGAUUAAGCCUUAGUUUUGGUUAUUCAUAAAGAUAAAUUGUUGACUAGCAAUUAUUACACUGUUAAAUGCAGCAUACAAAAUAGAAACCAUUUUCUAGAGAUUGAAGUGUUAUCGAAAAGAAAACUAUGCCUUGCCUAAAUUUUCUAGACUCACUAUUAAUGCAAUAUGUUGCCAUGACUUGUAGUACUCUACCCCAUUACAAAGUGUAAAAAAUAAAGCAUGUCUGUGGUAUAUUUCUUA